GGAAGUGUCUAUCUGUAGUGAGAGCUUAACAUGGUUACCUACGUUAAGUAGUGAGUAGAUAUUAUAACAUGAAAAUCUACAUCGUCUGCCUCUCGUCCUUUGAACUAUACGUCUAAACAUAUCGGUAGUUACUUGGAAAUUGUGUCUUUCAGACUAAGAAAUUCCUACUUUGGUAGAUAUUACGUAGCAUUUAAAUUUUGUUCUGGUUGUGUAAAACUAGCUUGUUAGCUUUACGUCAUUUCAGCUGUUCAACACUGCUAGCUUAGCUUUGCACUGGAAUUUGUUAGCUUAUUUUACAGGUACAAUUACGAAAAUUAACCACGUUAGUGUCCAGGGUGACUUUUGCUCGGUUUGGUCAGGUUGGUGUGUGUGAGUUUAUUUAUGCUACUUUUCGUAGUGUGACUCGACUCUAACUUAAUGUGUGGAGAUAGAAAUAGAACCAGCUGCAGCUAGCAAAUGGUUAGCUUGGAAACAACAACAAUGAGCUGUAAGAAAGGUUUGAAGACGUCAAGAGUCCUCUAUCUUAUAGCUAUUUUCUUCAUAGUCUUCCACAAAGGAUUGGCAGCAGACGAAGAGCAACAUCAGGACAACGGACCGGAGUUAAAGUCCUAUCAUGAUCCUGAAGCCGAGGAGGAAGAUGCUCGUGUUACACCAGAAAUUGUGGCUGGUGCCUCAGUGACUCAUCACCACAAACUCUCCCAGGAAGAAGAAGAAGAGGAACAGUCACCUCUGGAAGGAGAGGAGAAGGAGGACCUCCCUGAGCAGCCUCCUCCUGUUGAGGAGAAAGCAAAAGAGAUUCCUGUGGUGAACGGAGGUACAGCCCACGGAGAGCCCUGCCUCUUCCCAUUCUUAUUCCAGGGAAGGGAAUACUCAGACUGUACCACUGACGGGCGGGGGGAUGGUCGGCUGUGGUGCGCUACAACCUAUGACUAUGAUCAGGAUAAGAGAUGGGGUUUCUGUGAGACGGAGGAGCAGGCACAGCAGAGAUUACAGGCUGAGGAGGCUGAAGAGCAGUAUCAGAUCAUCCUCCGCAUGCUGAAUUCCACCACCAGAAAGACGCAGAAAAAAGAGUUAUAUGAAAAGCUCCGGAAGGUAGCGGAGAAAGGCCACCAGAAAGCCAUAGAGAAGGUUGCAUACGCCAUGCUGUUUGGAGACUACAUAAGCCAAAAUGUCACAAAGGCGAAAGAAAUGUUUGAGAAACUUGCCGUGGAGGGCUCACCAAAAGCUCAGAUGGCUCUUGGCUUUCUGUAUGCAGCAGGGCUUGGAGUCAACUCGAGUCAAGCAAAGGCUUUAGUUUACUACACAUUUGGUGCACUGGGUGGAAACUUGGUUGCUCAUAUGAUUCUGGGAUACAGGUACUGGGGAGGUGUUGGUGUUCCCCAAAGCUGCGAGUCAGCACUAACACACUAUAGACUAGUAGCAAAUCACGUGGCCAGUGAUGUGUCCCUAACUGGAGGCUCUGCUGUGCAGAGGAUCAGACUGUUGGAUGAGGUGGAGAACCCGGGCUCAACCAGUGGCAUGUUGGAAGAGGACCUCAUCCAGUACUACCAGUUUCUGGCUGAAAAAGGAGACGUACAAGCCCAAGUGGGUCUGGGUCAGCUUCACCUUCACGGAGGACGUGGAGUUGAACAGAAUCACCAGAGGGCGUACGACUACUUCACCCAGGCGGCAAAUGCAGGGAACACGCAUGCUAUGGCUUUCCUUGGAAAGAUGUAUUCAGAGGGGAGCGAUUAUCUCCCUCAGAACAAUGAGACGGCCUUGCAGUACUUUAAAAAAGCCUCUGAUUUGGGGAAUCCAGUAGGACAGAGCGGCCUGGGCAUGGCUUACCUGUAUGGAAGGGGUGUUCCUGUGAAUUAUGAGCUGGCACUGAAAUACUUCCAGAAGGCAGCAGAGCAGGGCUGGGUUGAUGGACAGCUCCAGCUGGGCACCAUGUAUUACAAUGGCAUUGGUGUGAAACGGGAUUAUAAACAGGCACUUAAAUUCUUCAACCUAGCCUCACAAGCUGGCCACAUCCUGGCUUUUUACAACCUGGCUCAGAUGCAUGCUACCGGUACAGGUGUGAUGCGCUCCUGCCACACAGCAGUGGAGCUUUUUAAGAAUGUGUGUGAGCGCGGCCGCUGGUCUGAGCGUCUGAUGACGGCCUACAGCAGCUUUAAAGAGGGGGAUACCGACGCCGCUCUGGUGCAGUAUCUGCUGCUGGCAGAGCAGGGCUACGAGGUGGCUCAGAGCAAUGUCGCCUUCAUUCUGGAUCAGAAAGGAGCAAAGAUCUUCAGCGAGAAUGAGACCUACCCUCGUGCUCUUCUCCACUGGACACGAGCUGCGGCACAAGGUUACACUGUGGCAAGGAUAAAAUUGGGAGACUAUCACUUCUAUGGAUACGGAACAGAUGUGGACUAUGAGACGGCUGUCAUUCACUACAGACUGGCUUCAGAGCAGCAGAAUGGUGCUCAGGCCAUGUUCAACUUGGGCUACAUGCAUGAGAAAGGCCUGGGUAUCAAACAGGACAUUCAUUUAGCCAAGCGUUUCUACGAUAUGGCUGCAGAAGCCAGCCCUGAUGCUCAGGUUCCAGUUUUCCUUGCCCUGUGCAAGCUUGGUCUGGUUUACACUUUACAGUACCUGCAGGACCUCAAUCUGAAGGAGCUGGUUACUCAGGUAGACCUGGACCAGCUUCUGGGCCCAGAGUGGGACCUCUACCUCAUGACCGUCAUCUCCCUGCUGCUGUGUACAGUCAUCGCUUACCGGCAACGCCAGCUCCAAAUCAUUGUGCCCCCUCGCCCACCUGCCCCCACCCCUGCGCCUCCACCCGUACCAGCUCAGGAGGAGCCACUCGCCCAGACCGAGCCUGAGGCUCAGGAAGAAACACCGGCCCGGGAGCCCGCCCAGGAGGAGGAGGAGCAGCAGUGAGGGGGAGCCCAGAUCGGGGGGAGGGCUGUAAAAGACAGACAAGUGGCUCUGCUAGCCCCUCUGCACGAGGCAGCUGGUGCUGCGUUGGAAACCUGCAACUCCAAGCAUCUCUCACACCCUGCUUGCUCCUCUCACAUAUUAGAAAAACUCUGUCUGGCUGCAGAACCGUUCAGUCUUACAAAUGCCUUUCUUCAUUUGGAAGGUGAUGAAAACUGUUAAAGACACAGAGCUGUUUGGAGAGGAGAAUGCAGGCUUGGGACCAGUUAGUCUGCGGCUCAGGACACUGACGGAAGCCCCUGCGUCUCCUCCAGGGAAUUGCUCUUGUAGUUGACAGAUCAAAGGCGUUUUAGACUCCUCCAAUUAGAAGGGUGGAAUCUUGAUUUGUGCAUUUGUUUCUCGUCACCCCUUGUUACUCCUUGCCCCCACCCACCCCUCUAUUUUUUUGUGUGCGUGUUUGUUUGGGGAAAAAUUAUACUGAGUUCAACUGCUUGAUUCUUAAUUUACUGCAGUAUUUAUAAGAAAAAAUGAGGCACAAUGUGAAUUGAAGUAAUUUAAUUUUUCUAGCUCUUAUCUAGUUGAUGAAGACAGUCAAGAUUCUGCAUGUGGUCUCGGAUCCUUGGCAGACUUUCAGUGCAGACACUUUUUCAAAAGUGAAUAAUUUGCAUUAAUUUUUUAUGCAGUUUUUCAUUCAUUUAUUUUAUGUCUAGUAGACAUGUUGGACAGUACCUGUUGCUUACCUUUACUCCAUUCAGCAUCAGUCAAAGUUCUGUGACACACUAAAGAUGUGCUUUCAUCAGCCAAGAAGCGGAAUUUAUGUUGGGCACUUGGAUUUUGAAAAGCAGAAAGACGGGAACUGGAUGAUAACAAGUUCUCUGUGAGCAGGUGGAUGUUUGUACAGUUGUUAACACAACUGAAGUCAGUCAAAAACCGGCACCAAAAUCUUGUCCUAUUCCAGAAUUUUUUUUUAAUUUUUAUUUGAGGGUGCUGAUACCACAGUGAACAGGCAUUCAGAAACUGAUAUAAAAGGAGCAGGUGAGCUAAAAUGGCAUACAGUAAACCAAGAGGAGCCUUCUUUUUUGCUAAUACUUUCAUCAUCAAUCUUGAUUUCAGACUGAAUUGUUUUUUGGAACAAAACUCUGUAGUUUUUCUCCUCUUAACUGAGGCAGAGCUUAGAGCAGUCUUGAAGAUAUGUAAAAUUGAUUUAUCUCAACUUGAGCUUUUGUGAAAAAGUCCACCCCCUCACCAAAAGGCAGAAUUGGAGUUCUGCCCACACUUUUUGGCUCAGAUGGCUGCUAAUCGCAGUCUGAAAUAGAAAAUAAAAUCAAGCCAUGGUUGGGCCAUUUUAGUGUUUGUCAAAAGAAGCUUGAAACAGUUCUCCGAAAUGUUUUGUUCGUUUCCAACUACGGGCUCGUUGUAAAAGUUCCAAAGUCACUGCCAAAGUCUGCAUGAAGUGUAUCAAUGAGCAAUGAGAAGAAAAGGUGUUGUAUGCAGGAUUAUAUGAGCCUUUUCCCCAGAUUUAUACAUUGAUUCAAGGACAGCUAACCGUCAGACCAAGAUUAAGACUGCAUUUUUACCAUCCCGAAUACAGGUUUAUAACAAAAUUAAUAAACAAUAUAUGGAUCUUCAA